AUGGGGUCGACGAAAUUCUUCGAGUGGUUUACGGUCGUGAAGGCAUGCGCCACAUGCAAGAUCUUCCACGCAGAAGCAGCAAGCCUGCCGACCCCCCCAUUGCCAGCAUUUAGAAUCGAGGAAGCUCCUCCGUUCUACCACUCAGGGUGCGACUUCACGGGUCCGAUAAGAUAUAAGAAAGACUCCGGCGAGGUCGGAAAAGGAUAUAUCCUCCUUUUCACCUGCGCAGUCACCCGAGCGGUCCACCUGGAGCUAACAACGGAUCUAUCGACAGUCGAAGUCCUAGGGGCAUUACAAAAAUUCAUCAACCGAUUCCCCUCAGUGAGGACUAUAACCUCGGACAACGGUCUGUCUUUCCAGAGAGCAUCCAAAGAACUGAAGCUAAUUUACGAGAACGUCAAGAACGGGGAAAUAAAGAAACAGUUAUCAGACUUGAUGAUCUCCUGGAAAUUCAUCGUACCGAUGGCACCGAACUUCGGAGCCUUCUACGAAAGGCAGGUCCAGACCAUCAAGAGACCACUUCGAAAGAUCCUAGGAUCCGCGGUCCCUCACUUCAGAGACUUAGAGAUAAUCCUCAGCGGAAUCGAAGUGAUGGUUAACAGUCGACCGAUAACUACGGUAGCUUCAGGAGCGGAUAAUAUCGAAGCUCUUUCUCCGGCAGAUCUCCUCUUCGGAUAUAGGGGGAGAACGGUCAUUCCGGAACACUCAUCGAAACCCAGGGAAGCGGCGGACGCAGGCAAGAUCAUAUUCUCCAAGAGAUGGAAAUACCAACAGAGAAUCCUCAGUUCUUACUGGAAGCGUUACCACGAUGAGUACCUUCAAUGCUUGAAAACAGCCCACAAGCAAACUCCGGUCGCGGCAAGACCCCUGAAAGUCGACGAUGUGUGCCUACUCCAAGGAGAAUCAUACAAUCGAGCCUUCUGGCCAUUAUGCCGAGUCAUCUCAUUCCCAGAGAAUACCCCACCCGAGAAGGCCCGAUCCUGUACAAUCAAAACAGCCAAGGGCCAAGUACUCCAUCGGCCCAUCCAUAAGCUAUACCCAUUAGAAGCAUAG